AUGAUUAUCCACCAUAAGAAUCGCUAUAGGCGAGCUCUCUCUGAUUCGCAGAAGACCAAUCGGAUGCUCUCUGGCUCUGGAUCUUCCUCCCAGAGCACCGCAUUAAAUCCCGAUUUGGGAUCAAUCCCAGUUGAGAAUUCGACUGGGAGCCAUCCUUCUAGUCACAGCUCCCUUAAGCUAUCGCUUAAGAUCCCACCGCCAGAUAAAAUAAAUACUACUAUUGUUGAAGGAACAGCUCAUGCAAAGACUAAUACCAACAGCUCUGCCACUAGCAGACAAACUGUGGAACUACCGACGCCCAUGUCUGCCUCACCGCAGUCAUCUAUUUUAAAUACACCUAAUAAUGCUCUCAAACUCUCGGGUGUGCAGUCUACUUCGGCGACUCCACAGGACAGAGAAAAUACGCCUUUAGGCGCGUCUUAUUCAACCCAGGACGCGUCACUUCUCUCACCGCCCGAUUCGAAUUCAACUACACCUGCAUCCUCAUCCUCAUCAUCAUUAUCCUCGGUCCAGUCGGAACACUCUUCUUAUUCGGUUACACACAAAUCUCUACCUAGCAACAACGAGCUAAAUGGAGCUCUUUCACGCGCUAGGAAGGGGAAUUCCGUUGCCUCACAAAUAGAAACUCGGGCAUCAUCUAAUUCGUUUCGUCCUGUCGGCCCAGCUCACCUUGAGCACGACUACGCCAAAGCGCGUGAGGAGCUCUCUAACGCCGUCGCGAUCUCGGCGUAUGAGCUCUUUGGAUUCAGUAUUCCUGUGCGCAACGCCGAAAUGGAGUCAAAGCGUCCCGGAAAGGACCAGAUUCCGCAGUUACGCGAUCAUCCACUUGUGCAAAAAGCGGCACAAGCGUUAGAUAAAGCCGAUGAGGAGCUCGAGGUUGCUUUGGCGCGGGGAGAGACGUUUGAAAAUACACCUAUCCCUGAUCAGUGGAGAUGGGGAAGUGAUCUUCUUCGUCCUUACGAGUGGGCACGCCCGGAGCCCGAAGUACAGGAGGAGCCUCCACGAAGGAGAAUUAGAUCCCGAGCCGAGGUAGUGCAGCCGGUCGAACCACGUACGCGGGCUCAGAAAAAGGGAAAGUCAGAUGAGGUUAGUGCGGAAGAACAAGCCGACGUAGAACCUUCGUCAGUUCAGGCAAACAUAGGAUUCGAAGCGCAGUCUCUCCCAGACUGUGUGCCGUCAAGUGCAUCGGAUAACAUCCAAACACUUUCACACACAAGUCGGUCUACUACGCAGCCCCUGGCAGAGGACCCAGCGACACUUCCAGGAUCGUCUUCGAUACCUACCGUACCUUUAACUUCUUCCACUGUUGCUUCAACGGUGGUAGAGUUGUCUCAAGGGGAGGCAAAACGGAAAUGCGGUCGCCCCCGAAAGAGCCUUCCGGAGCCUAUUACCAUUCAGACUCAGAUAACUCCGGCUGCGUCUACACCAUCCCCGUUCCGAAUCAAAAUUCGGGCACCUAUGCCAUCGUCCUCCAGAGUUUCAACAGCGCAAGCUUCAGAGACGACUCCACCUCCGACUACUGGUACCACUGGUACCGAAUCACUUGCUGCGACAACCGCCCCUCUAAAGCGGAAGAGGGGGAGGCCACGCAAGUAUCCUGUGCCAAUCACCGAGCAGCAGGAGGGGCUGAGUCCGGUUGUCGAGAGGAAAACUAAAGAACGUCCCUCCAAGCGACGCAAAGUUGGUUCUUCUGAGUCUAGCCGAGCUUAA